AUGCCUCUCCCAACCCUCCAAAAACUAACCUCAGCUCUCACCAUCUCCACCCCAUCCCGUCUAAACAUCGGCCUAAGCGCCCUUGCCCUCCUAACCACAACACUCCUAGUCCCCAAAGCCUACCACGACUACAAGAUCUUCAAAUCCUACGGUCCAGGCGGUGUCCCAAAUAACGCCCUGGGAUGGAUUCUCGUGCGCAUAUUCUUCCAGCCGUUCGGGCGCGAGAUGCUCAGUACGGACGAGUAUGUGCGGCGGAUUGCGGCGGUGGAGGGUCACGGGAAGGGUGAUGAGGGCUUUUUGAUCUUGUCGGAGGACCAGCUUGGUUGUAGGACGGAGCAGGGGAGGCCGGUUGUUGGGCCUCAUGUUGUGCCGCAGAGGCAGCUGACACAGUUGCCGGAUGAGCUUAUUAUGGAGAAAUUCGUUGCUGUUUUCAAUGCUUUCGGUCUGCGCAAUCAUCACCUCGUGAAGAUGUCACGUUCGAGGCUUGAGAAACAUGCCCCGGCCCUCUUCCUUGCUGAUCAUAUUCCUUCAUCUGCAAUUCUGGAUGGUGAGAUUGCUCAUCUUCAUUCGGGAAAUGACCAUUCUGCACAUGUUGUCCUUGCUCCGGCUGAUUGUAUCAAAGUAAUUGAAGCAGGUUGGGGCCAGCGACACGCUUUCUCGGGCUCAUCGGCCAUGACUUACCUCUCCCUUGGUACACGGCCUGAUAUCCCAGCCGAGUAUCUUCUGAUCUAUGCGCCCCGGACAGAGGCAGAGAUCGAGACUGUCAUGCAGAUUAUCGCGGCGGCAGUAAAGUUCAUGACUGGGAGGGAGGAUGUUCGGUAG